AUGGUUGAUCUUGGCAGCUUCGCCUACUCGGGAUUCUCUUCCAUUACUUCCGCUGCACCGGCCAUGGAGCACGGCAUGAUGCCACUACAGAUCGACCAAGACUCCUAUCAAGCACCCCUGCCGACGACGACGGUUGAUCAAUCGCUGCCGAUUCUUGCCAGCUUCGAUUUUCCGGGAUUCCCUUCAAGUACUUCAGUCAUGCACUACAGGAAUGGGAGAAGACGCCGACGGCCAACUCCGGCCCUCGGCAUAGGGGGGCCGCUCCGACCCGUUACAAGGGAGCUGGUCUGGCUCGACCAGCUCCCAACCCUAUCCGCGCCCGCCACCCUCCUGCCCCGCGCCGCCACCCUCCUGCCCCGCGCCGCCACCCUCCUGCCCCGCGCCGCCACCCUCCUGCCCCGCGCCCGCACCUCCCCGUCGCCGGCCGCCCCGCACCUCUCCCGUCGCCGGCCGCCCCGCAGCUGGCCGUCGGCCGCCCGCGCCCGCACCUCCCCGUCGCCGGCCGCCCCGCACCUCCCCGUCGCCGGCCGCCCCGCAGCUGGCCGUCGGCCGCCCGCGCUGCCCCCUCCCUUCCCCGGCCGCCCUCCUCCCCUGCCCCCGCCCUUCCCCGGCCGCCCUCCUCCCCUGCCCCUCCCCUUCCCCGGCCGCCCCGCCCGGCCCCCUGCCCCGCAGCACACCGCGCCGCGCCGCCCCCUCCCUCCCCCUCCCGCAGCACGCCGCAGCGGCCCCCUCCUCCCGCAGCACACCGCCCCGGCCCCCUCCUUCCGCAGCCGUGCCGCCCGAGCCUCUCCUCCCCUCACUGGCCGGCUCCAUGGAGAGCUCAAAGGCACCGGCGUGAGCACCCCGACGUGA